UAAAUUCAGUUCAUUACUACUUUACUAGUCUCCAACUCCAAGAAAUAAAAGUCGGGUAGACUUUUCUUUACGUUUUCCACAGACCAAAAUUCAGCCAACAGCAAAUUCUGCCAAAAGCUUCACACCGCAGCAUGCCGGGCCCGGGCCCGCACAUGAUUUACGCCAUCGGGUCGGGCCAAGGGCUGAUGCAUGUUUCGAACGGGAGAUUCGGCCCUCACCACUGCGUUACGUACGCCAUCAACGCCUUCUUCGGGCCGGAUAUAGGGUCCUUCUGCGAGUGGUUGAGCUCAAUUAUGGGUUCGGGCCGACUCUUGGGCUCCUCCGUCGAGCAAUGGAUCCACGACCCCUUCUACUACGCUUUGAUUCUGGGAUUCCCUCUUUCACUUCUCUACACCUGCCUUUCCCGCUUUCUUCUGCAAAGGGGCCUUCUUGAUUCUUUUUCUGGGGCGCCCCUAAACGUGAGGCAGUGCUUCUUGUUGAUCUUUGCGGGAUCUUUGUCACAUUUUUUCUUAGAUCAUCUGUUUGAGGAGAACGGGCAUUCUUCCAUGUAUACUUGGAUAUUGAGCACGGGGUGGUGGAAAACCCGAGCACCAGUGAAUCCUGAUGCUGUUGUUGUUAUCGGCCUUCUGUGUGCAGCCUUGAUUGGAGGUUUUAUAUAUAUCUACAGGUUUCAUGGAGAGUGAAGCCCUUGAAGUCACCGGUGAGAAGGCAAUAUCACAAGUCGUUGAGGUUGACCUUGGUGGUCGCGGUUGCAUACUGCUUGUGGUGCGCGACUCAGAUUUAUUUGGUGAGGCCUCGUCGUGCAGCUGUUGGCGAGGAGGCCGACUUGGGAGUUCUCGUGUUCCUGGGCAUCUUCUUCUUCUUCCCUCACUGCCUAUGCAUACUGUCCAUGAACGCCAGGGAGAUGGUUGAACUCCCUCUUUGAAACUCUACAGAAAGCUCUGUUUUUCUUGGUUGCACACUUCAUCUUUAAAUUACAAAUGUACAUUAGCCAAUAUUUUCAACCAA